AUGCAUCGAGUGAAGCAACUCGAUGAAGAUGCUGGGUGGCACUAUGACCAACGUACUGGUAAACUGACGAAGUCGGCUGAGUCCGCAGACAGCAAGCAGAAAUACAGUUGGUCGGUUGCUUCUCUUGGAGGGCCUGACCGAGUGAACGCACUACGGUUGUUCUUCCGGACUCUUUCUGAGCAAAAACAUGUGGCACUGGCCGUUAUUACUCGUGGCAACAUUGGCUGUGUUCAGUUGGUUUUGCAAAAUUGCGGCCUCCUUGAGUAUUUCAAGGGUGGAGUUUUCGGCAACAUCGGUGAUGUCUACGGUGAGAGCGUUUUUGACAAGUCUUGUCGAGAUGACGAUUCUCUAUCUUCUUUGGAAGGCGACGAGGACCAUGGCUCUUGGUCAGUGACUUCCGAUUGGUUGCUCACACGCAUCACUUUACACGGUUCUUGAUAAGGAGCAAUACAUGGUUUAAUUAGUUGCUUAGGAGCAGUGUUGGAGGAAUAUAUGUUUGCUUUCCUCAGCUGAGUCUACAGCAUUUCCGGGUCAAUCUGCUAUUUUACCCGAUUUUUUUAAUAAUUUAACCACCUUUUUUUUGGGAAAAAAUCCCUUUUUUUUAAUUUUUUACCGAUUGAUUACCCAAAAUUUUAAUUUAAUAGCUUGUCUUUUCAAAAAUAUGCCCACUUCAUUUAACGACGUUCGCUUUGACUGUAGAAGUUUACAUACAAAUUCGGGUAGAAGUGUACAGAAACCAAUGAGAAUGUUACCUGUUGUUGACCAUGUGCAUAUUUUCCCACAUCGCUUUUCGGCGGUUUUGAUGUUUAAGGUCGAGAAAAACUGAAGUUAUUCGAGGUUUGAUGCGAGGAAAAUAUGAACCUAAUGAAGCGGUGUUCGUGGAGGACGACAUCAACGAGUUGAAAGCGGCGAGUAAACUCUGCCAUACUGUUUAUGU